AUGUCCGACCCCCCCAUCCUCCCCAUCAAAUCGCUCUCCUCUCGCCUAGGCAUCCUCUCCCGCGCCGACGGCAGCUGCCAAUGGACUCAGGGGUGCGGCUGCGUCCUCGCCGCCAUCUACGGCCCAACCUACGUCAAGGCAUCCUCCUCCUCCAACUUCUCCGACACCGUCUUCCUCGACGUCCGACCCAUCUACGAAAUCAACGACAACCAAAUCCUCAAUUCCAACCUCAACGGACGACAAAACCUCACUGAACUCAAAUACUACCUCCUCUCCAUCUUCAAACCCCUCAUCUUCGACCCACUCUAUCCUCGCUGCAAAAUAUCCGCCAUCAUACAGAUCAUCGAAUACGACUCCAAUAUCCUCUCCUGCUGCAUCAACGCCAUGGCUAUGGCGCUCAUCGACGCGGGCGUCUCCAUCUCUCACCUCGUCAGCGCCGUCACCCUCUCCACAACCCACCGCCCCGACCCAUCCGAGCCGUUCUCCAUCACCCUCGAUCCAACCCAAGAGCAACUACAACUCUCCCUCUGCUCUCUCGUCACCGCUUGGAACCACACCGGCACCUCCUCCUUCGAACUCCUCUUGAACCACUGCCCUCCCAACGACCCAGACCUGUCUGUAACCGCCUACCGCGCCACUCUCGCCGCCUCCAAACUCGCCGCCUCUAAAAUACUCCACUUCCAACGACUCUCGCUCACCCAAAAAACGCUGUACCAACUCCAGCCGAAACCGCAAGACCAAAAAAAACACAAACCUCAAAGCAAAAAUAAAAAGUAG